GCCCGACGCCCUAGCGGAGCGGGCGGGGGCAGCCUAUAGGCCCCACCCCGGCGCCCAGCGGCAGUCGCGCAAGCAACGGAGGAGGCGGGAGCGCCCAGGCCGCUGCGCUCAUGGCGUCGCCCGGGAUAGAAGUGGAAUUGCUGGUCAAAGGGCAUUCAGAUCUGGGAGAAGUGACCCCAGAAGUAAAACCUUCAGACAGCCAGACAUCCGUGGCAAUUGCAGGUUUGGAAUGGAGAGAGAUGGAAGGAGAUGACUGCGGGUUCCAUUAUGGAGAUGGUACAAACGAGACUCAGGACAAUGAUUUCCCAACAGUGGAAAGAAGCAGGCUUCAGGAGAUGCUGUCCUUGUUGGGGCUGGAGACAUACCAGGUACAGAAGCUCACCCUCCAGGGCUCCCUGCAGAUCACUUUUGACAGCAUGAAGAACUGGGCUCCUCAGGUCCCCAAGGACCUUCCCUGGCAUUUCCUCAGGAAGCUGCAAGCCCUUAAUGCUGAAGCCAGGAACACCACCAUGGUGCUGGACAUGCCUCCAGAUGCCUGGCCUGCCGAGAAGGAGAGCCAGACGGAGGAGGAGAUGAUCUACUGGGACCCGGCUGAGGACAUCGCGACCGAUGACAUCUACUCCUUCUCUGAGCUGCCCAUGCCUGACACACCUGUGAACCCCCUGGACCUUGUCUGUGCCCUCCUGCUGUCUUCAGACACCUUCCUGCAGCAGGAGAUCCUGCUGAAGAUGUCCCUCUGUCAGUUUGCACUACCGCUUGUGUUGCCUGAUUCGGAAAACCACUACCACACCUUUUUGCUCUGGGCCCUGCGGGGUGUCAUGCGGACGUGCUGUUUGCAGCCCCCACGGGGCCUCGGGAGCUUUCGAGAAGACAGUGUGGUCUUGUCCAGGGUGCCCACCUUUGCCUUCGUGCGCAUGGAUGUCAGCAGCAACUCCAAGUCCCAGCUGCUCAAUGCCAUCCUCAGCCCAACUCGCCGGCAGGGGGACUGCUUCUGGCAUCGGGACCUCAAUUUGGGCACUAAUCCUCGAGAGAUUGCGGAUGGGUUAGUAGAAAUCUCCUGGUUUUUCCCCAGUGGCAAGGAGGACCUGGAUGUUUUCCCAGAGCCUAUGGCCUUUCUGAACUUGAGAGGUGACAUUGGGUCUCACUGGCUGCAGUUUAAGCUCUUGACCGAAGUCUCGUCGGCUGUGUUCAUUUUGACCGACAAUAUCAGUAAGAAGGAGUACAAACUGCUGUACUCCAUGAAGGAGUCAACCACAAAGUACUACUUCAUCCUGAGCCCCUACCGGGGGAAACGGAACACAAACCUGCGCUUCCUGAACAGGCUGAUCCCCGUGUUGAGGAUAGACCACUCUCAUGUCCUCGUGAAGGUCAGCAGCACCGACAGCGAGAGCUUUGUGAGGCGGAUCCGAUCGAUUAUAUGCAGCGUGGCCCGCUCUCCUUGCAGGAGGAUGUCUGUGGAGGACAUGGCGCACGCUGCACGGAAGCUAGGCCUCAGAAUUGACGAGGACUUGGAGGAGUGCCAGAAGGCCAAGGACCGGGCGCAGAAGAUCAUCAGGAAGAUCAAGGAUGUGGAUGCCUACAAGAGGGAUGAGCUGAGGCUGCAGGGAGACCCUGCGCGGAAGGCAGCCCAAGUCGAAAGGGAGUUCUGCCAGCUCCAGUGGGUUUCGGAGCCCCCGGAGAAGCACCGGGCUGAGCUGAGACGGCGGUUCCUGGAGCUCCGGGUGCAGCAGAAUGGCCAGGAGCCCACCUCGGGGGUGCAGGAGUUCAUUCUGGGGAUAAGCAGCCCCUCCCUGGGUGAGAGGCAGUAUUUCCUGAGGUGGAUGGAGUGGGGUCUAGCUCGACUAGGCCCUCCGCGGCCAAGACAGCCUCCAGAGACCCUUCUCACCCUGAGACCGAAACUUGGUGGGGCCUCAGACUUGAACGAGCCACUCUGGCCUGAGCCCUUGGGCGUGGAGCACUUCCUGCGGGAGAUGGGACAGUUCUACGAGGCCGAGAGCUGCCUGGUGGAGGCAGGGAGGCUGCCCGCUGCCCAGAGGCGCUUUGCCCACUUCCCAGGCCUGGCUGUGGACCUGCUGCUGGGUGGGCUGCCUCUGGAGCUGGUCGAUGGGGCAACCCUGAGCAUCCCUGUUCGCUGGGUCACAGGGCUUCUCAAGGAGCUGCAUGUCCGCCUAGACAGGAGAUCUCGACUGGUGGUUCUCUCGGCUCUGGGGGUGCCAGGCACAGGGAAAUCUACACUCCUCAACACCAUGUUUGGCCUGCGGUUUGCCACAGGGAGGAGCUGUAGUCCCCGGGGGUCCUUCAUGCAGCUCCUUCCUGUAGCUGAGGGCUUCAGCCAGGACCUAGGCUGUGACCAAAUCCUGGUGAUAGACUCUGGGGGUUUGAUCGGUGGGGCCUUGGCCUCUGCUGGAGACAGGUUUGAACUGGAGGCUUCCUUGGCCACCCUGCUAAUGGGACUAAGCAAUGUCACUGUGGUCAGUGUAGCUGACACGAAGGACAUCCCACCAGCUGUUCUCCAUGCUUUCCUAAGGCUAGAGAAAAUGGGCCACAUGCCCAACUAUCAGUUUGUGCAUCAGAGCCUUCAUGACCUCUCUGUUCCCAGUCCCAAGCCCAGAGACAGGAGACCGCUCCUGGAUCCGCCCAGCGACCUGAGCAGGGCUGCUACCCACAUGGAGAAGCAGGGUGGCAGCUUCCGGACACAGGCAGGCCUGGCAGAGAGGCAACAUGUCUGGCACAUCCCCGCCCUGUGGCAUGGAGCACCACCCAUGGCUGCUGUGAGCCUGGGCUACAGUGAGGCCAUUUUUGAAUUGAAGAGGUGCCUGCUAGAAAACAUCAGGAAUGGCUUGUCCAACCAAAACAAAAACAUUCAGCAGCUCAUUGAGCUGGUGCGGAGGCUGUGAAUCUUUUGAGGGUGGUGCCUGUUGUGACAGCAGCCAGCAAGGCUGUGCCUGGCACCUGAGGGUGAAGUGUAGUGACAGACAGGAGUUAAGGGCCUCAGCAUAGUGGUAAGAAGCAGUCUCAGACUGGCUCAGAACUAUCAGGCGGGGUGAUAGACGCAGAGAGUUCUCUGUUCCUAACCCAUGUCAAGGCGGCUGGAAGUUGGCCCUCUGGGUAGCUGCUCCUUCAUUGGCCUCUGGAAUUAGGGAACAGCUCCCUUAGUCGCUGCAGGUGCUGGCAGACAGGGAUGUUGCAGUUGUUCAGAGGAAGCAAAAGAGGCUUUGCUUCCAUUCAGUCCACCGGUCCCUUGUGGGCCAGCCUUCAGGGUUCUGGGGGUGUGGCACUAACGUGCAAGGCACUCCCUGGCCCAAGCUCAUACACUGGUAUACGAGGCGCCCAGGAAGUGCCCAUCGCUCACCCUUCUGUGCUCCAGUACUUUGUCAUCCUCUCUCAACACUUCAUGGCACAUUGUCACUUGUGUGUUUACCGUCUGCCCCUAGACUGAGCUGCUUGAGGGCAGGACCUAAGGACCAUACAGCUCUGGGUCCCUAGGACCUGGCACACAUAGGCGCAUAAUAAAUGUUUGUUGAAUUAA